CUUGGAUCCUCAAACUGCAGCUACCAGCUUUAAUCAGUGAGGUGAUCUGGGUGGCGUUUAUGGGACGGAUGAAUUUUUACCUAGAAAGGAAAACAACGGUCUAAAAUUGAAUAUUUGGCACUGUAACAUAUAUUUACACACUCUAAAGACAUAAAAUUUUUCUAUAAGCUGGUUUCCAGCUAAACCUGAACACACUUGUGUUUCUCCUGGGACGAUGCUGUGCUCUAACCUCCGCUCGGCCGUCCCUCACCUCUUGUCGCGGAGGCUUGUUGGUACCGCCACCUCCAGGACGGCAGCGGUGAAGCGGCCGGAGAUUCUGUCGGUCAGCCUGGCCUUUGAGGAUCCGAGUGCCUUCAGGGUGAAGAGUCUGGGCGAACUCCUCCGAGCUCUCGGUGUCUUCCGCCUGUGCUCCUUCCCUGUGCUGGUCAACAACUGUGGUAAGCUGAUGACAGCAGCACGCACAAUCCUGGGGAGGAGAGGGUUCUCUUUGCUGCUGCGGCCCACCGUCUACGCCCAGUUUGUGGCUGGAGAAAACGAGAUGGAGAUCUCCCAGUCCAUGGGAAAGAUCAGCUUGCUGGGACUGAGGCCCAUGUUGGCGGUUCCGAUAGAGGAAGACCUUGGAGAGAGCAUUGGAGAAAAGAGAUAUGACGACAACAUGGCGGCCAUGUUGGAAUGUGUGCGGAUGUCCCACAGCAAUGCCUGGAGCAAAGACCCGAUGAUGCAGCUGAAGAUCACGGCUCUGCUCAGCCCGGAGCUGUGUGUCAAACUCACAACCCUGAUUGCACAGCAGCCAUACGACCUGAGCCUCCUUGUCCGAGCGAUGGACGGAGAAAUGGUAACGUUUCCUGGAUUGGAGGAAAAAGAGGCGGCUCAUUUCUUGUGUGGUCUGCAAAGACUGAACAAAAUAGCGGAGGCAAGUGUUAACAAAGUCAGAGUGCUGGUUGAUGCAGAGUACACCUACAUGAACCCGGCUCUCACGCUGGUCACCAUGGCGCUGAUGAAGAAGUUCAACAAAGAUGGCGCCUGGAUCUGGAACACCUAUCAGUGUUAUCUAAAGGAGUCCGGGUCUCUGCUGUUGGAGGCUCUCCAUCUGUCGCAGGCUGAAGGUUUCUGCUUGGGAGUCAAACUGGUACGAGGUGCAUACAUGGACAAAGAGCGAAAGCUGGCAGAGAAGGAGUGCCGGGUGGAUCCCAUUCACCCGAGCUGGGAAGAGACCAACAAGAGUUAUAACGGCUGCCUGGACGUGAUGCUGGAAGCCAUAGCACAGAAACCGGACCGCUACAGGAUCAUCGUGGCCACCCACAAUGAGGAGUCUGUGAGACGAGCUGCUAAAAGGAUGGAGGAGUUGGGGAUAGAAAAAGAUGGAGGCUCGGUGUGUUUCGGCCAGCUACUGGGGAUGUGUGAUCACGUCUCCCUGACCCUGGCAAAGGAAGGUUAUCCUGUCUACAAGUCGGUGCCAUACGGCUCAGUGGACGACACUCUCCCCUACCUGGUGCGCCGGGCCCAGGAGAACCGCACCGUACUGCAGGGCAUUCGCAAAGAAAGAGACCUGCUGAGGCAGGAGCUCAGACACAGAAUGAGGCGGAGCAUGAGGGGUGGCAGCGAAUGACGGAUAACCAACAUAGAGACUGAAAACAAAUCAGGAAACUGAUGAAAUGGCGUAUUCUCUUGGAUAAAUUACUUAUGAAUGUUAUGCAAUUCUAAAUAAACAAAUCCCUUGUUUUACACGUUAUAUCCC